UUGUGUUUGGGUCUUGUUUGUUUACGCGUCUUAAAAUAAAGAAAAUGAGCGCAGAUAAUGAUAAGGAGGAUCUAAAACGUCCGGCUGAAGCAGCGGAAGAUGAACGCGAAGCGGAGAGUGAUGAAAAAGCUGAUGAUGAUGAGUGGAUAGGGCCAAUGCCUUCGGAGCAAAGCGCAGCGGUGCCGGCUAAGAAAAAGAAAGUACUGCCCUAUGAGCAUAUUUAUCUGGAGAAUCUGCCCAAUGCUGAGAGCUAUGAGCGCAGUUAUAUGCAUCGCGAUGUUAUCACACAUUUGGUUUGCACAAAAACUGAGUUUUUGAUAACUGCUAGCUUGGAUGGUCACAUAAAGUUUUGGAAGAAAAUGGAUCAAGGCGUUGAUUUCGUUAAGCAUUUUCGUAGCCAUCUGGUGCCCAUCAAGUCGCUGACCACUAAUGCGAGCGGCACGUUACUCUGCUCUGCCGCUACCGACCAAACAGCCAAAGUUUUUGACGUUGUUAACUUUGACAUGAUAAAUAUUAUCAGUCUGGGAUACACGCCGCUUUGUACUGAGUGGAUUAGCACACCAGGCGAUGCAGUGCAGGCGCUGGCCAUCACUGACUCUGAGAGCAAUUGUAUUCGUAUCUAUGAUGGCCAGAGCGGUGGUGAAGUUCUGCACACAUUGGACAAGUUACAUUCUGCGCCUGUCGUAGCAAUGUGUUUUAAUGUGGCCAUGGAAACAGUCAUUUCCAUUGAUCGCAAUGGCAUCUUGGAAUAUUGGCAAAAUUCCAAGCGUGAUUACAAGUUUCCACAACGCUUGGUUACCUUUGACUCAAAACUGGAUACAAGUCUGUUUGAGUUUGCCAAGAGCAAAACACAGGUUACUGGCUUGGCUGCCACGCCGGAUGGCAAACGUUUCGCUGCCAUUUCAACGGAUCGCAAAGUGCGCAUGUUUCAGUUUAAUACGGGCAAACUGCUGCGUGUCUUUGACGAGGCACUUGCCACUUAUACGCAACUCCAGCAGACGCCGCAUGCGCUACCUAACAUGGAGUUUGGUCGCAGAAUGGCCGCUGAACGCGAUUUAGAGAAAACUGCUCAGAAUAUAACACUUAAUAUAUUAUUCGAUAGCACUGGACACUUUCUGCUGUAUCCUACCAUGUUGGGCAUUAAGGUUAUCAAUGUGGCCACAAAUCGUUGCGCAGCUAUCUUAGGCAAGACAGAUAACAUUCGUCCACUGCAUAUAGCAUUGUUUCAGGGAAGGAUUAGGCGACAAAAGGCAGCUAUAACACUGGAGCAAGAGGCCAGUGAGAACCCAGCUCUACAAAAUUUACUCAUUGAUCCCACGGCCUUUUGCACAGCCUACAAAAAGAAUCGCUUCUAUUUAUAUAGUAGGCGUCUGCCCUCGGAUCUCCAGGACGUCGAUCGUGACAUAUUUAAUGAGAAACCCUCAAAGGAAGACAUUAUUGCAGUACCUGAAGCUCAAGAUGAAGUUACCCAACGCAUUUUUGAAAAUGUUGUUCUGCAUACCACUAAGGGUGAUAUUCACAUGAAACUAUUCUUCAAGGAAGUGCCUAAGACAGUGGAAAACUUUUGCGUGCAUGCGAAAAAUGGCUACUACAAUGGACACAUAUUCCAUCGGGUCAUCAAGGGCUUUAUGGUACAAACGGGUGAUCCUACGGGGACAGGUACCGGUGGCAAGUCUAUUUGGGGAAAUGACUUUAAGGAUGAGUUUGUGCCAAGUCUAAAGCACGAUCGGCCGUAUACAGUUAGCAUGGCGAAUGCAGGUCCUAACACAAACGGAAGUCAGUUCUUUAUAACAGUAUUGCCCACGCCUUGGCUAGACAACAAACAUACCGUCUUUGGUCGUGUAUAUCGUGGCAUGGAAGUCGUUCUGAAUAUCUGCAAUACUAAGGCAAAUCCAAAAACCGACAAACCGUAUGAUGACAUUAAAAUAAUCUCAAUUCAUUUGAGCAAUUAGAAAUAAGUUAUUUCUAGAAACUAAACAGAUUUUAAAUUGCUAAAUAAAGUGUUGCCAACUAUCAUUACAAACUGCAGCAAGCUAUCGAGCAAGUGCAGC